AUGGUUGAAGAAAAUUCAUCAGAUAAGCCUCAGAGCCUUAAUCUUCCAAAGCCAGAUCACAUCGUCGAAGAACACGCAAGGCUACAAUCCGGCAGCAGAUCUCCUCACAGUCUAAUGGCUGAUCAAUUUGAGAAAAUGGAAUUUGGUGCGCCCGAAGGACUCAAACCAACAAAUCAAAUGCAAUCAUCCACUCCUUCGACCACUCCAAGUCUUUCUCACUCUCAACUAUCCCCAGAACCUUCCAAUAAUGUCGAUAAUGAUUCUGCUCAAGUUAUAACUCCUUGGGAUGUUCAGGGCGCUGUCGUUGACGGUAAAACGGUAGCUGUCGACUAUGACAAGCUUAUUCUCCAGUUUGGUACAAAGCCUGUCGAUAAAAGUCUAUUGGAAAGAUUUGAAAGGCUGACACAGCGUAAAGCUCACGUCUAUCUCAGAAGAGGCAUGUUCUUCUCUCAUAGAGAGCUUGAUCGUAUUCUUGAUAGAUAUGAACAAGGAAAGCCUUUCUACUUAUAUACAGGUAGAGGUCCAAGUAGCGACAGCAUGCACUUGGGUCAUAUGAUUCCUUUCAUGUUUACAAAGUGGUUACAAGAUGUCUUUAAUUGCCCAUUGGUCAUCCAGUUGACCGAUGACGAAAAGUUUCUUUUCAAAAGCAAUCUCAAGAUUGAGCAGACACAAAAGUUUGCCAGCGAAAACGCCAAGGACAUUGUGGCGCUUGGAUUCAACCCAGACAAAACACUCAUCUUCUCUGACUUUGAUUUCGUCGGAGGUCCAUUCUAUCACAACGUCGUUAGAAUAUCAAAGUUGAUCACCUACAAUCAAGCCAAAGCAGCAUUCGGCUUUAAUGAAUCUGACUCAAUUGGAAAGAUACACUUUUGUUCAAUUCAAGCUGCGCCAUCAUUUAGCAAUAGUUUCCCAAACAUAUUUGGCUCCAAACACGAUAUACCGUGUUUGAUUCCUUGCGCAAUCGAUCAGGAUCCUUACUUUAGAAUAACGCGCGAUGUUGCAGCCAAAUUAAAAUAUCCAAAACCUGCUUUGUUACAUAGCAAGUUUUUCCCCGCAUUACAAGGAUCUCAAACAAAGAUGAGCGCUUCUGAUACUAAUUCUUCUAUAUACAUGACGGACAAACCGAACGAAAUCAAAAACAAAAUGAAUAAGCACGCAUUCUCUGGAGGUCAAGCAUUGGCCGAAGAUCACAGAAAGUACGGCGGUAACCCUGAUGUUGACGUUUCGUAUCAGUAUCUUGGAUUCCUGAUGGAUGAUGAUGAUGAAUACAAGAAAAUUGCUGAAGAAUAUCGUGCCGGUAACAUACUCUCAGGUGAAAUGAAGAAACUUUGCAUCGGAGAAUUGCAAAAGUUUGUUGCAAAUUUCCAAGAAGCCAAGUCCAAAGUUACUAAUGAAAUGUUGCAAUCCUUUAUGGAUCCUCAAAAGAUCAUCAAUGGCUUUGAUGUCUUAAACACGCAAACCAAAUAA